AUGCAGGCUUUGAAAGGACAAGCCGAGCUUGUGCGCAAGGCGAAGCUUGCUCGCUCGUAUCAGGAGCUUCUCGACGAAUUCGCGAGCCAUGACCUCAAAUCCGUUGGCAACUACGCUCUUGGGAGACUGAUCGGAAAGGGAUCUUUCGGGAAAGUCUACCUGGCGUCGCAUAAACUGACCAAUGGCUCCAAGGUCGUUCUCAAGUCUGCCAACAAGGGCGACUCGAACCUUGCACGAGAAAUUCACCACCACCGACAGUUCAUACAUCCACAUAUAGCAAGAUUAUACGAAGUUAUUGUCACUGAAAACAUGGUCUGGAUGGUACUGGAGUACUGUUCUGGCGAUGAACUCUACAAUCACCUACUCGAGCACGGCCCGCUCCCUGUUCCGAAAGUGCAAAAGAUUUUUACGCAACUCGUCGGCGCAGUUAGCUACGUUCACAAUCAGUCAUGUGUCCAUCGAGACCUCAAGCUUGAGAACAUCCUCUUCGACAAACACGAAAACGUAAAACUGGUCGACUUCGGUUUUACAAGGGAGUACGAGGGGAGGACGAACCAUCUACAGACAUUUUGCGGCACCAUCUGCUAUUCUGCGCCCGAGAUGCUCAAGGGCGAAAAGUACGCUGGUGAAAAGGUUGAUGUUUGGAGUUUAGGCAUCAUCCUUUAUGCGCUGCUUUGUGGUGAACUUCCCUUCGAUGACGAUGACGAUAAUGUCACCCGAACCAAGAUUCUGAGCGACGAUCCCAAGUUUCCCGAUAAUAUGCCCCCAGAGGCCAUUCCUUUGAUCAAGGCAUUACUAUCCAAACGGCCAUUGUUACGUCCAUCGUUGCCCGAGAUUCUCUCGAAUUCAUUCUUGGCGGAGCAUGCCCCGACACAGAGAGCCAUUCUAGAUGUUCAGCAACCGCCCCCCUUCUCGACACCGUUGGAGAAGGAUUGCUUACAGAGAAUGCGAAGUUCUGGGGUCAACAUUGAUGGAGUGAUUGAAAGCGUCUUGGCACAGAAGUGUGAUGCUUUAGCUGGUUGGUGGGCUCUGUUAUUGGAAAAGGAACAACGCAAGAUGCAGCGCAGGGAGAAAAAGAGAAGAGAAAGAGAGAUCGACAGCCGCAGCAUUCGACGACUAUCCGCGGCAUCUAGUCGGCUAGAAAGAAUGGCUCCAAUCCUGCACGAAGUUGACGAGGCGAACGGCACCGGGCGACACUUGAGACUUGAACCCUCAAACUCCCGGAACAGGGGGAGGAGCGAGCGACGAAGUGCUCAUUAUGUCGACUAUAUUGUGACAGACCUUCCACAGCUCCCAGAAGUCGGCAGGGAUUCGGGAGGAAUGAAUGAAGAUGGCGAUCGUCCUCCACCACCUGUUGACAAAGACUCGAUAAGAUCCGUAUCGACAUCUCGCCAGCGCAGGCCUAUUCCACCACCUAAGGAGGGUUUGAUACGUAGUGCUCGGUCUCGAGGUUCUACCCUUCACCUAGUCACAACUUCAGACGCACUGGCUUCGAAUGCUAGUGACGAGCAUCAUCAGCAGAACGGCCAUGAGAGACCACGAAGGAGACCUAGUCAGCCGCUGAUAUCCCACUGGAAGAAUAUGACACAUUGGCUUGUCGAAAGUGCGACAAGGAGGAGACGUGGCCACGCCAGACGAACCAGCCAGAGCACCCCUGACCUACACAAAAAGGAGGGGAGCACAGCCAGCAGUAAAGAUGGAAGUUCGCGGCCACAAACAAGCAAGUAUCCUAACGCAACCUCACCAGGAACACAACCAACUGCUUCACUGCCGAAGGGGGUCGUGGCUAACGGCCAGAAGACCUAUCAGGCUGGGAGCAGUACCCAGCGAACGGCAUCGGGAAGUCUAGCGUCACCAACAAUCCCGCCACCUCGGCUCGCGACAUCGUACAAACGACAGUCGUUGUCCCCUUCUCCUCUUACGCCUAGAUCGACUGUCAGGCGGUCCUCAGCUGGGCUUCGCGGACGAAAGUCAACAUCAUCCUCGGUAUCCUCUGUUCGAUCCAUCCAUCACCACCAUCACUCGCAUUCCAAGGCGUCGUCUACGAGCUCCGCUGCUUCAUUCUCUACUUCGAUGUCCAAGACACCACUCCAGCGAGGGCAUUCGCCACACCACUCUGUCAAGGUGCUUCCAGCAACACCAACAUCACAUGCCUUCCCAUCCAAUAUUCGUCUCGUCCGAGCCACUCCGCCGACCCUGAAUAUGUUCAAUGAAGGCAUGCCAUCCGAAGGUCCCCCACAAGCUCCUGGUUCGCCUAACCCUUUUGCAUCAGGGAUCAUGUUUGCCAAGCGGAAACGCAAUUUGUUCAAGGGCCCGACACUAAACAAUUUUGGUGGACCCUCUCAGAGCCAACGAAGCAGUGGCUCCGGUUCGCAUUCCCGCAGCGCUAGUGCCUCUGGACUGGGACGCCGAUCUGGAGAAAUCACGAUUCAAGAAGAAGACGAGGGGUCAGAAGACGACGACGACGAUGUCGAAGAAGUUGACGUUUUUAGCCCAGUAAUAGGUGGACCGGGGGAGCGGAUUGAGGAGCAGAUCUUUGAAGAGAAUGAGCCUCAGCCGAGCCUAGAACCAGCGCCGACCAUCAUUCAAAAUAAGUCAGAAGGCCUGCCCACGACCAGUGCGGGCAAGGCGCCUGCGACUUGA